CAGUCGACGAGCUGGGCGUUUGUGGGGAGGACGAUGAGCAUGUUGACCCAUUCUCUUGGUAAUCUGCAAAUGCCAUCAACCAAGAGCAAGGGCCGGUAUCAAUUGACGCUGGAGCAGAAAGAAGAAUUCACGACCAGUUUUCAACUAUUCGACACGGAUGGUAAAGGAGCAAUUGAUCUACAUGAGCUCAAGGUACUCAUGCGGGCUCUGGGCUUCAACAUUCCCAAACGGGAGGUAGUGGCCCUGGUCCGAGAGAUCGACCCGACGAACCAUGGCAUGGUAUCGUUUGAUACCUAUCUGGAAGUCAUGACCGACAUGGCCUCGCGCCGCGAUCCGCUCGAGGAGAUGAAAAAGGCCUUCCUGCUCUUUGCCGGCGACAAGGACGUUAUCAGCGUGCAAGACCUGAGGAGGGUGUCCAAACAAUUGGGGGAGAAGAUGUCGGAAGAUGAGCUGGCAGCCAUGGUUGCCGAAUUCGACAGGGACGGGGAUGGCUGCAUCAACGAAGAGGAAUUCUUGCAGAUCAUGAAAGGGAGUGGGACAUUCUAAGCUGCGAGGUGUGGAGGCGAGAGUCCUUCCACACGGAUUAUGCAGGUGGAUGGCAAAAGUACGCUUCGAUGCCAAGGUGAAAGCCUCGACGUUUGUCAGUAUUCGCUGGACUAUAUAUACAUGGCGGGGAGGCAGAAUUUAUCUUUUCCUAGGGUGCCGAAAGAAAGCUGGGUGGGAGAGGUUUGGGUUUGGUUGUAAAGAAGAGAGGAGCGGUGAGUGUCCGGGCGCCGGGCCGAGACCUUCUCAUUUCAAAGUAUAUUAUUAGAGCACGCUGGUCCAGCGCUGAACGGAUUCGGGGUGCAAUAACACGUUUCGGUAGUCAAUAGUGUCGGUCAGGAGACUGAACAGCACAGGGGCUCCGAAACAAUAACCGCCUCAUUCGACCCCAUACAUACGCC